UAAAAGCACGCUGCAGAGUCACAAAGCAGGAAUCACUGAUGAACACGUCUCUUCCCAGGAUGGUGAAACUCCUGUGUGGUGCAGCUUUCAUUACAGCUCUCGCUCUGUCCUACUACGUCUACACGCCCUUACCUGCGACCGUUUCCGAGCCAUGGAAGCUCAUGCUGGUCGGGGCGACAUACCGCACCGCCACUCACCUGGCCGAUGUCACACACUCUCUGGGUCUUGUCCAUCAUCUCCAUCUCCUCAGUGAGUUAAUCAGGAGUUUUGAACGCUUUGUGCCGGAGGAGUUUCACAACAUUCAGAUCAAAGACACAGAGUUCGGCGGCGUUCAGGUCCGUGUGUACCUGCCUCAACACCGAGACGACACACUCAGACCCGCUGUACUGUUCAUUCAUGGGGGAGGGUGGGCUCUCGGAGCACCCAAGCUGGGUUCUUACGACUUGCUGUGUAGGAAAAUGGCGGUCAAGCUGAACGCUGUGGUUGUAACAGUGGACUACCGUAUGGCCCCAGACGUACGCUUCCCUGUGCAGUAUGAGGAGUGUGUGCAGGUGGCACGUCACUUCCUGCGACCUGAAGUCUUGGCACAUUACUCUGUGGAUCCGGGGCGAGUUGCUGUGUGUGGUGACAGUGCAGGGGGAAACCUUGCUGCCGCAGUCUCACAACGGAUUGGCCAAGACACCAGACAUGAUGUGAUGGAGAGCAGCAGUGAAAAUGUGAUGAACAACAUCCGUGAUGAUGCAAGGAACAGCAGUGGAGAUGGUGGAGUAAAGUUUAAGUUACAAGUGUUGAUCUAUCCUGUGCUUCAGCCUUUGGACUUCAAUACGGCAUCCUACCAGCAGAACUGGGGAAUCCCCAUCCUUUACCGUGACCUGAUGGCACGGUACUGGUUAGAGUAUCUGGGUGCAGACGGGUCCCUGCUUGACACCAUCCUCCUGAACAACCACACCGCAUUGGAUGACUCUCAGGCCAACCCUCACCGCUCUAAAGUCAACUGGACAUCGAUGAUCCCUGAGCACAUGCGCAAACAGUAUAGGGCCAUCUUCCCUCAGACCGGUUCACCCUCCGUCCUACAGGACGUCCCUGCGAUGCUGGACCCACGGGCUGCUCCACUGCUUGCCGAACAGGAAGUACUGAAGACAGUGCCACCUGCUUAUAUCAUGACAUGCGAACAUGACGUGCUGAGAGAUGAUGGAAUGAUGUACAUACGGCGAUUAGAGUUUGCUGGCGUCUCUGUCAUGCAUCGACACUAUGACGACUGCUUCCACGGCUGCGUGAGCUUUGCCUUCUGGCCAUUGUACUUCUCUGUAGGGAUACGAGCUAUAGACGAUUACGUUGCGUGGCUUGACACACACCUGUAGAUGUGACCUUUAAACACACUUUCACCUGACCUAGGAGUGUAGAAUGAAGAGACAGAAAUAACAGAUCUUAGAAUUUUAAGCUCUGAUUAUGGAUGGAACAAUAAAUUUGAAAUCAAAAUAUCUCUGUAGUAUUUAUAGCUGAAGGUUUAAGAAGCUGAUGAUGUAACAAAAGCAAUUAAAAAUAUAAAGGUACUUACAAAACACCUAAAUUGUGAGUUUCGAACUAAAUUACAGACAUUAUCGACAGAAUCACAAUUCUUCACACAUUCUAAUUUCUAUAUUGCAUUUAUGUACUGGACAUAACUGCAUAAUAUAUUUACAGUCAUCUGACUUGCGUUCCUUUCUUAAGUCUUAUUGCAAACUAUGUCUAUGAUCUACACUGCCAGUCAAAAGUUUGAACACCCUUCUAACUUCAUGAUCGUUCCUGAUUUCUAUUUCUUACUACACUGUAAAACAAGCUGAAAUGGUUUUGCAAAUGCACUUGACAAUACUGUUUUAGCAAAAACUGUUCCAGAACAACUGACCUCCGUGUCUUAAAAUAACCAAUGACUGUUGUUGCUGUUGUUGUAACUUAAUUACCUAAUAAUAAAUGUGUUAUUUCAAAGUUUUGAAAAAAAAAUAGUAUUGUUCUAGAAUGUUGUUGUUAUUCAUUCGGCUGCUCCCGGCGUGAGGUCAUAACAACGGACCAUCCAACCUUCACACAACUUGGCAGAGGUUUUACGUCGGACGCCCUCUUUGAUGCACCCCUCCUAUUUUAUCUGGGCUUGGUACUGGCACUGCUGAAGUUUGGAUAUUGGUUUGGAAUUGGACCUGGGCCUUCCGCUUGGCAGGCGAGAAACCAAUGUCCAAAUGUUUGACUGCUACCAUAUGAAAUCGCUUGAUAAACUUAUUAUAUUUACUCCCAUUACCUGCGAAUGGAGUGUGCCGUCAACACGCUGCCACUCCUCACCGUGGGCUUCAGGAGCCCUGAGCUCGGCUUGAUGUACCAGUUUCACCGUAGACGACGCUGCCUAGUCUUAUAUUCAGUGACGUACAAGUUUUCACCAUAGAUGAUGCUAGCUACUGUUACAUCUGGUAAGAAACGCUUGUGGGACACCUGUGACAAAACCACCUGCGCAAAAAGACACCAACAAACAAACAAUUUCUGGUUUAUAUAUUUGUAUAGAGGGGUUGCAUCAGGAAAGACAUCCGGCAUAAAACCUGUGCCAAGCUGUUGUUGGUCCGCAGUGGCGACCCGUCAACACGAGCCGCCGAAAGAGUAACAACAAAGUAUGAUUAAAUGUAUUUUUCGCUCUCCCACUUUCUCUGCAUUUUCAUGUAUAUUUUACAUUGUUAUGUACAAGCUUUAGAAAAUUGUAUU